GAUAGAAUAAUAAAGUCUCCCUCCCACCGUGCGAGUAUGGAUGCUUUUGAGAGAAAGUAUAGAUCACAUGGUGUUAAUGUUACUUCGGAGGAGGAGCCAGUCCAGAACAUUGGUGGAAAGCUUGCUAGGCAAGCAGCUGCAAAGACCAGUGACUUAGCUGGUCACGGUGUUGUUCUUGCACAAGGUUUUAUUGAUGAGUGUGUCAAGGUGGUGGCUGCUGGUGCAAACCCUGCACUGAUCACUAAAGGCAUUGAGAAGACAGAAAAGGCUUUGGUUCACGAGCUAAACCUAAUGUCUAACGCGGGCAACGACCCUGAGGCUGGAAGUAUGAUUGCUGAAGCAAUGAGCAAAGUUGGUAGGAACAGUGUAGUGGUCAUUGACGAGGGUAAAAGCGGUGAGAAUAAGUUUUACGUAGUGGAAGGAAUGCAGUUUGAACCUGGUUACAUGUCCCCAUACUUCAUUACGGACCAUGAGACUCACAGAAUGUGUGUGGAGUACGAUCAUUGCAAGUUGCUUCUUGUUGACCAUAAGGUUACCAAUGCAAAGGAUCUCGAAGGUGUUCUGGAGGAUGCAAUCAGAGGUGGUGACCCGAUCAUCAUAAUCGCAGAAGACUUUGAACAAGAAGCUUUAGAUACUCUUGUUGUUAACAAGGUUAGAGAGAUAUGGAAGGUCGCAGCAGUUAAGGCUCCUGGUGGUUCUGGAGAGCUCAAGAGCCAGUACCUUGACGAUAUUGCCAUUCUAACUGGAGCAACUGUGAUAAGAGAGGAAGAUGGUCUUUCUAUCGACAAAGCUGGAAAAGAGGUUUUGGGUAAUGCUUAUAAAGUUGUAAUCACUAAGGAGAUGACGACCAUUGUGGGUGAUGGAACCACACAUGAAGGAGUGAACAAGCGUGUUGCAGAGAUUAAGAGUCUUAUUGAGCAAGCAGAGCAAGAUUAUGAGAAGAAAACAUUGAACGAGAGACUUGCUAAGCUUUCUGGUGGAGUUGCUGUAAUUCAGGUUGGAGGACAAACUGAGACAGAGCGCAGAGAAAAGAAGUUAAGGUUUGAAGCAGUCCUUAACGGUACAAAGGGUGCAGUUGAGGAAAGUAUUGUUGUUGGUGGUGGUUGCACUCUCCUUGCUCUUGCGGCCAAGGUUGAUCCCAUCAAGUAUACUCUUGAAAACGAGGAAGAGAAGGUUGGAGCAGACAUCAUUAAAAAGGGACUGAGUAAUGCUGGCGUGGAUGGAAGCGUUGUGAGCGAGAAGGUUCUGAAACGUUCAUUGGAACAUGCGGCCUCUGCUGCAAAGACGUUCUUGAUGUCUGAGAUCAAGGUGCCGGAAGCUGGCAACCCAAUGAACAUCUCUGGGUGGUUACUGAGAUAAGACCAGCCGGACUCGCUCUUAAACAUGAGAGAGAUGAUCAUUCCAAAAUAAGCAAGGAUUACUCUAUAGCUUGCAAACAAAUUAUGUAAUAAUCUAAUGGCUUAUAAACCAGAGAAUAACUAUAUUAUGUGGAAUCAUUUUCAAUAAAUUGUCAGUGUUGUAAUCACACUUUUAAACCAGAGAAUAAUGUGUUCAUUAGA